UCUGGUGCUAAACCCUUUCCCGUCUCUCCGCCACCACUGGCGCGAAACCCCGCACGCAUCCGUCCAUCCCUCCCUUCCCACAGCCCACGCGCCACGCCACCUACGCCUCAACCUCCCAUCCAUCUCUCUCUCUCUCUCUCUCUCUCUCUCCAAUCCGUCUCUCUAACUGCAGAUUCGGUUCCCCUUUCGCCGGGCGCGGGCGCGGGCGCGGGCGGGCGGCGAGGGAGGAAUCCUUUUCUCAUUUCUGUUCCAACUCAUCCGCCGCACCGCGUGCCUCCUUUCCCCCCGCCCCGCUGCUUCCGCCACCGCCAGAUCCUCUUCUUUCCUCGCUCUUUCCUUCCUUUUUCCCCGCGCAUGCACGGGGACGGCCUCUUGUGAUUGAUUCACGCCCGCCGCCACGCCGCCAAUGGGGGACGCGUCCACCUCCGCCGCCACGCCCACCUCCACGCUCAUCUGCCUCGAGGAUGGCAACGACCUCUUCCUCGACGACGACGACUAUAGCCCCGCCGACGGCUUGGCAGCCGACGACGGUCUCCUGCUCCUCGACCGCGACGACGAGUACGUCGCGCUCAUGCUCUCCAAGGAGGGCGCCGCCGCCGGCGGCGGCACGUGGGGCGACGAGCUGGACGAGUGGACCAAGGCCGCGCGCGCCGUGUGCGUCGACUGGAUUGUCAAGACGAACGCGAGGUUCCUCUUCAGCGGGAAGACGGCGUACGUCGCGGUGACGUACCUCGAUCGGUUCUUGGCGCAGCGGCGAGUCGAUAGGGGGAAGGAGUGGGCCCUGCAGCUCCUCUCGGUGGCCUGCCUCUCGCUGGCGGCCAAGGUGGAGGAGCACCGGGUGCCGCGGCUGCCGGAGUUCCGGCCGGACGAGUACGACUUCGACAGCGCCUCCAUCCUGCGCAUGGAGCUCCUCGUCCUCGGCACGCUCAACUGGCAGAUGAUCGCCGGCACCCCGUUCCCCUACCUGAGCUGCUUCGCGGCCAGGUUCCGGCACGACGAGCGCAAGGCCAUCGUCCUGCGCGCCGUCAAGUGCAUCUUCGCCUCCAUCAAAGCGAUGAGCUCGGUGGAGUACCAGCCGUCGACCAUGGCGCUGGCGUCCAUCCUCGUCGCGCGCGGCGGCGGCGGCGGGGAGGGGACGGCCCCGAGCCUAGACGAGGAGCUCAAGGCGAUCCUGGGCACAUCAUGGCAGCAAUUACACACCGGGCAUGUGUAUUCCUGCUACAGCGUGAUGAUUCAAGAGGAGGACAGGUCCAUGCAGUCGAGCAGGGAGGUGGCCUCCUCCGGCGUCUCCGCCGCCGCCCACGUCGGGAGCCCGGACACCUCCGUCGCCAUGGCCAUGGCCGCCAACGACAAUAACGCCAUUGCCAUUGCCACCACCUCGGCGGCGGCAGUCACCGACAAUAAGAGGAAGAGGCUGCAUUCGCCUCAGCGCCAGUAGGCAGCAGGAGGAGCUGGAGCUGGAGUUCAGCUCGCACUCUGGCUGCUGCUAAUUGCUCUCAGCCCCCUAGCCUUAGCCUUUUUUUCAUUAGCUUGAUUGAGCAGCGUUUUUUUUUGUCUCAGAGGUAGGGUGUGGCUAAAUAGGGGGGCAGGACUUGAUUCUUGUGAUUGUGCAAUUAUUACAGCUGAUUGGUAAGUUAGGAUUGGAAAGAUUUCGGUUUUCAGGAGAUCUUUCCCAUCGGCUUAAAAGGGCAGUGUAAAGAGGAAAGAGAGAAAGGCCAAGUAGCAGCAGCAGUAGCACCCAGCCGGCUCAAAGUGAGGUGAAAAGAAAAGAGAAUGAGUGCAAAGCCUAGGUAUGAUAUGAGUGGGGCACCAUUUUUUCUUCUUCCCUUGUGUAUGUGUGUGCGAGCUAGCUGGCUGGACCUAUCCUCUCGUCCUCUUUUGGUCACUCCAUCGGUGACAAAUAAUAAUACAGUGAUAGUUAAGCAGAUA